AUGUCGACCUCAAAUUCCACACGGAUCACCGUGGCUCCCCGCAAGCCUCGAGCCCCAAUUGGUCGUUUAGCCAGCCUAAAACCCCAAGGCUCAACAUCCAUUAAUCGUCCCCAAUCAAUUGGGCGUCACCAUGCUCCACGACCGACAACUCACCCAAAGACAACGAGUUGUCCAAAUCCGGGUUGUCCUGCUCCACAUAUCGUCGAAGAAGAAGGGCAGAAACUGUGUACCGGAUGUGGUACCGUCAUUGCCGAGUCAAACAUCGUGUCGGAAGUGACAUUCGGCGAAUCUUCUUCCGGUGCCGCUGUUGUUCAAGGUACUUUCGUUGGAGAAGGUCAAAGUCAUACGAGGAGCUUUGGUCCGGGCUUCCAACGAGGCGGUGGCAUGGAAAGUCGAGAACUGACGGAAGCAAACGGUAAUACAUGCAUAUCCCAGCUCGCGCGACCCUUGAACAUCCCCGAGAGUGCUAGCAAAGCUGCUGGGCAGGUUUUCAAACUUGCCGUUGGACUGAAUUUCAUCCAAGGUCGUCGAACCAAAAAUGUGGCAGCAGUUUGCCUUUACAUUGCUUGUCGUCGCCAGGCCGGAAAUACAGUCAUGCUGAUUGAUUUUGCUGAUAUUUUGAUGAUCAAUGUUUUUAAGCUUGGUCGAACGUACAAAGCCCUUCUUGACGAGCUUCGACUGGGCGGUAACGUCUUCCUGAUCAGCCCAAUUGACCCGGAAAGCUUGAUCUAUCGUUUCGCUAAGCAAUUGGAGUUUGGCCCGGCUACUAUGCGAGUCUCUGCGGAGGCUGUGCGCAUUAUUCAACGGAUGAAUCGUGAUUGGAUGACUAUUGGCCGACGGCCGGCUGGUCUCUGUGGAGCGGCUCUCAUUCUGGCAGCACGCAUGAACAAUUUCCGCCGAACAGUCCGUGAGGUUGUUUACGUUGUCAAAGUCACCGAGAUCACUAUCAGUCAACGCUUGAAUGAGUUUGGAUCGACAGAGAGCGGAGAUCUCACUGUAGAUCAGUUUCGAUCCGUGCAACUUGAGAACUCGCAUGAUCCCCCAGCUUUCACUCGAGCGAAGCAGGGUCACAAGUUCAGUCGAUCAGCGAAGAGGGCUGCAGAAACAGCAGCCGAUAUUGAAGAAGACUUGAUGAACGAGGCAGACUCGGUUCAGCCCAGGCGCGUCGAUGCAGAUGGUUUCGCAAUCCCGAAUAUUCCGAUUGAUCCUGCCUUGAUGCAGACUCAUCGGCGGACAUCUGUUAGCAAAGCAGUGAACGAUAUUCUCGAAGACACGAAGCUAGAAAUGGCCAAAAGGGAUGGGAAGGGCAAGGAUGCACGUCGGCCGUCUAUUCUCGCCAAUCCCACUCCACAGCAAAUCGCAUCUGAGGAUGCAUUAGAGGCAGAGAUGCAAAAGAUGCUGCAAAAGGGGUCGAACUUGGUUGACAGCGUCCCCCCGGAGCCAAAGAAGGUCAUCUCUGAUAGCGUUGAUAUUGAUGCUACUGAAUUUGAUGACGAUCCCGAAAUCGCCAAUUGCCUCCUCACCCCCGCAGAAGUCGACAUCAAAGAGCGCAUCUGGGUCACCGAGAACAAAGAAUACCUUCGUUUGCAACAGGAGAAGGCCAUGAAGCGUGCUUUUGAAGAGGCCAUGGGUGGCGGUACCACUCGCAAACCUCGCAAGCGACGCAAGGCUCGCAUGGGUGAUGUCACCUAUCUUGAGGGCCAGGACGGUGAGGGCCGUGGCUCUCGAGCAUCCACUCCGGCUGAGGCCACAAGACGCAUGCUAGAGGUGCGUGGAUACAGUAAGAAGAUCAAUUACUCUUUGCUGGACACAUUGUACGGUGGUCAAGAGGAGGGCGACGAUGCGGAAGCCAAACUGGAAAGUUUUAGCCGAAGCCGAAGCCGUAGCCGCAGCAUGAGCGUCGCAUCACGGCAAAGUCUUCCUCCUGCAGCCACACCUCGCCGCCGCAGAAAAGGUGCCGCCGUCAGAACCUCCCAUAACGCUACUACUCCUGUUCCCGAGUCACCCUCUAGAUCUGCUUCUAAGCCUGCCCCCAAGUCUACUCCUAUGUCUGCUCCUCAACCUACUCCUCCGGCUACUCAACCUACUCCCGUGCCUGCUCCUGUGUCUGCUUCCGCUUCUGUUCCCGAAUCCGCUCCUCAACCUACUCCUCCCCCUACAGCACCAGGGGUUUCAAACACAGACGAGAGUGCCAAGGAAGGCGAACCUGCUAGCGAACAGCCAGAUCCCGAUGACGUCGACGAGGACUACGGUGAUUAUGACGUGGAUGACCACCUUGAUGAAGCAUUCGCAGGGACCUAUGAAGAUGACUAUUACGAUGUUGGCAGUGAAUCAGACUAG